UUCCAUUAGUAUAUACAUGUGUUAUAAUAGUUUCCAUUUAAAAAAAAAACAACUAAACCAAACAAAACUCCCUUGUCCUGAAGUCCUCUUUCAGCUAAUGUUUCAUUUCUCCAUUCCUCUUUAAUCUACAGAAAAACUUCUUGACCUGUUGUCUAUAUUCACCGUCUCUGCUUCCUCAUCCCCUAGUGUGUUGAACUCACUCAUAUGGAGCUAUCAUCUCUGUUCCACUAAAAUGGAUCACUCAGGUAGCCAAAUUCAUUGCUCAGUUAUUAGUCCUCAUCAUACUUGAUUGCUCAACAGCAUUAGACACCGAUGAGGAAUCUCUCCUUCCCUAAACACUCUCGCCACUUAAACACAGUGCCUUCUGAUUUCCUCCCCAGGCACCUGCUGCUCCCUCCAGAUCUCCUUUGCUGGCUUCUCCUCACCUGACCCCUAAAUGCUGGGGGCCUGAGGGCUCAGUCUUCAGCCCUCUUCUCUCCUCUGUCUAUACUUGCUUUUGUACCUUGCAGUGGUUUUCAGUCCUAGUAGACCCAAUAUCACUUUCUAUAAUAAAUUUCUUAUAAUACCCUCUCUACCAUCUUGUCAUGAAGCAGCUCAGGGAAUGUGCAGAGGCAUUUAUAAUUUAACACUACAGCUCUUUUCAUUUUAGAGAAAUAAAGUUGAAGAGAAAUUAAUUACACCACUUCCUUAUAUUGAACACUUAGUACUAUACUAAAAAUAAAUACUCUCAUAUCAUUUAGUUAACCCUAAAAUUAUUACAGGAGCCAGCAGUGCUACAGUUGCAUUCAUUUUAAUUUGAGUUUCUCUCCCAGUACUACUUGGUGUGGGACUUUGAGACCUAUACUCUCGAACUGUCAGUUUCUCCCUUAAAGGUUUAUUGAUCCUCAAAAGAUCAAAUGAAAUGAAACCAAUAACUAACAUUUCAUAAUGUUAACACAACGUUGAAAUGUUAACAUUUCAUGUUGCUAAGUAAACAUGGUUCUAAGUGCUUCCUUGACUUCAUUUGCUCCUCACAACAAAUUUAUGAGCUAGUCACUAGAAUAUUUUCUACUCUACACGUGGAGAAACUGAGGUUCAGGGGAGCUUGAGGAAAUUGCCUGAUGUCCUGCCAUAAGUGGUGGAACCACAAUUAGUGUCUGCCUCUGGAGUCUGCAUUGUCAACCAUUAUACUGAAAUACACAGCAUGUGGACAUGGUGACCCAGGCAUCUCCAUAUCUGUUUGAAGCUACAGAAAGAAGAUUCUAUUUCAAAAAGGUUGCCAUUUUGAUUCCUGAAAAAUGGAAGACAAAACCUGAGUAUGUGAGACCAAAACUCGAGACCUACAAAAAUGCUGAUGUUCUAGUUGCUGAACCAACUGCUCCAGGUAAUGAUGAACCCUACACAGAGCAGAUGGGCAACUGUGGAGAAAAAGGGGAAAGGAUUCAUUUCACUCCUGACUUCCUAGCGGGAAAAAAGCUUGCUCAAUAUGGACCACAAGGAAGGGUCUUUGUCCAUGAAUGGGCUCAUCUGCGAUGGGGGGUAUAUGAUGAAUACAAUAAUAACCAGAAAUUCUACUUUUCCAAUGGAAAAAGACAAGCAGUAAGAUGUUCGGCAGAUAUUACUGGCAAAAAUGUAAUAAAGAAGUGUCAGGGAGGCAGCUGUGUCACCAAAUCAUGCAAACUCGACAAAGUAACAGGGCUGUAUGAAGAAGGAUGUGAGUUCAUACCUCAUGGCGUGCAGACUGUGAAGGCUUCCAUAAUGUUUGCACAAAGUAUUGAUUCUGUGGUUGAAUUCUGUACAGAAAAAAACCACAAUAAAGAAGCCCCAAACCUGCAAAACCAAAAAUGCAAUCUCCGAAGCACAUGGGAAGUGAUUAGCGAUUCUGAGGACUUUAAGAAAACCACUCCUAUGACGACACAGCCACCCACGCCCACAUUUUCAUUGCUGCAGAUAGGACAAAGAAUUGUGUGCUUAGUCCUUGAUAAGUCUGGAAGCAUGGCGAAUGGUGACCGUCUUAAUCGACUGAACCAAGCCGGCAAACUUUUCCUUCUGCAGACGGUUGAGCAAGGGUCCUGGGUUGGGAUGGUGACAUUUGACAGUGUUGCCCAUGUACAAAGUGAACUCAUACAGAUAAACAGUGAUGUGGAAAGGAAUGCACUCACCAGAAGCUUACCAACCGUGGCCGCAGGAGGAACGUCCAUCUGCUCUGGGCUUCGAUCAGCAUUUGCUGUUAUUAGGAAGAAAUACUCAACAGAUGGAUCUGAAAUCGUGCUACUGACUGAUGGGGAGGAUAACACGAUAAGCUCAUGCUUUAACGAGGUGAAACAAAGCGGAGCCAUCAUCCACACAGUCGCCCUAGGACCCUCAGCAGCAAAAGAACUAGAGGAGCUGUCUAAAAUGACAGGAGGUUUACAGACAUAUGCUUCAGAUCAGGCUCAGAACAACGGCCUCAUUGAUGCUUUUGGAGCCCUUUCAUCUGGAAAUGGAGCUGACUCCCAGCGCUCUAUCCAGCUUGAGAGUAAGGGAUUAACCCUCCAGAACAAUCAGUGGAUGAACGGCACAGUGCUUGUGGACAGCACUGUGGGGAAAGACACUUUAUUUCUCAUCACCUGGACAAAACAGCCUCCCAAAAUCCUUCUCUGGGAUCCUAGUAAAAAGAAACAGGAUGGCUUUGUAGUGGACGCAAACACCAAAAUGGCCUACCUCCAAAUCCCAGGCACGGCCAAGGUUGGCAUUUGGAGUUACAGUCUGCAAGCAAGCUCACAAACCCUGACUCUGACUGUCACUUCCCGUCCAUCAAGUGCUACUGUGCCUCCAAUUACAGUGACCUCUAAAAUUAACAAAAACACAGGAAAAUUCCCUAGCGCUAUGACAGUUUAUGCAAAGAUUCAUCAAGGAGCCUCACCGAUCCUCAGGGCCACUGUCACAGCCAUAAUAGAAUCAGUGAAUGGUAAAACAGUUACCCUGGAAUUAUUGGACAAUGGAGCAGGUGCUGAUGCUACUAAGGAUGAUGGCGUCUAUUCAAGGUAUUUUACAGCUUACAAUGCAAAUGGUAGAUACAGUGUGAAAGUGUGGGCUCUUGGAGGAAUAAACGCAGCCACUCAGAGGUUGAUACCCCAGCAGAAUGGAGCCAUGUACAUACCUGGCUGGAUUGAGAAUGGUGAAGUAAACUGGAAUCCACCCAGACCGGAAAUUAAUAAGGAUGAUCCUCAAAGCAAGCAAGUGUGUUUCAGCAGAACAUCCUCAGGAGGUUCAUUUGUGGCCUCUGGUGUCCCACAGGCUCCCAUACCUGAUCUCUUCCCACCUUGCCAAAUCACUGACCUUAAGGCAAAAAUCCACGGGUACAAAUUUAUUAAUCUGACUUGGACAGCUCCUGGAGACGAUUAUGAUCAUGGAAGAGCUCACAAGUAUAUCAUUAGAAUAAGUGCAAAUAUUCUUGAUCUGAGAGACAAGUUCAAUGAUUCUAUUCAAGUGAACACAUCUGAUCUCAUCCCGAAGGAGGCCAACUCUGAGGAAGUCUUUGUGUUUACACCAGAAAACAUCACUUUUGAAAAUGGCACAAAUCUCUUCAUUGCUGUUCAGGCUGUUGAUAAGACCAACCUGAAGUCAGAAAUCUCUAACAUUGCACGAGUGUCUUUGUUUAUCCCCCCCGAGAUUCCUCCAGAGGUACCUAGUCCUUCUCUUCCUUGUCCUGAAAUUAAUGUCAACAGCACCAUUCCUGGCCUUCACAUUUUAAAAAUUAUGUGGAAGUGGCUAGGAGAAUUGCAGCUGUCAGUAGCCUUGGGCUGAGUUUUAAUGAAA